CUUCGAUUCUCUGGUACCAUUACAAACUUGUGCUGCUCUAAGUACAAUCGGACACGCUGAUGUUAUCCACAUGCCCGCGCUGUGUGCGCCAUUGACCUACAGGCCGAAAGAACGCGAUGGUCCAAAGUUGCCAUCGCUGGAUACACCGCUCUCAGCGAGGGAGGCCCGAAAGACUGGGGCAGCAAGGCCAAAGGAUGCUGAGGAGGUGAAGACCGAGGGCUCAGAGCUUGACUCUGGCUAUCCCGCCUUACCCUCAGCGCUGGGUGCAGCCUUGGGGGAUCCAGUCUCUUUGUUGGCGCUCGAGGAUUGGCACAAAACGCAUUCGGGUCUUCCCAAGGAGCAAGAAGGCUUUGAAUCCAAGCUGCUGGCAUGCGAGGCGCGCUUCCGGAAGAUUGAGCGGCUCACGGCGCGCGUGACGUUGCCGGACACUGCAGUGACCGCCGUGGUGGUAGACUUGCUUCGUGACGUGGUAGACACUCUACCUGCUCCGGUCCGAAAAGUUGCGGCUGGAAUCCUGCGACACGUUGAAAAUGCCAUCUACAGUGAUGAACGGCUGCCGUUUGCCUCCGAAAAAGAGCAACUCGCAGAGGUUCUCGGAGGUGGCCCAGGAGGUCGUCGUCCAGGCCGGGAGGACCUGAGUGAGCGGCAGCCCUGGUUCGCCGUGGUGCGACGACAGCAAGCCACUCUUGAGCGGAUGGAACAGCAUGUCGCGAAGAUGCAAGGCAUCGUUGACUUCCACCUCGAUCGGCGGAAGAGUGUGCUGGAUUUUAUAGUGCGGCUUCAAGGGCAGGAAAGGCUGAUCUUGCAGCAAUGGCUCUUCAACUUCUGGGUUUUCAGCUACAGAGAACGGAAGAGCCGCUUGGAGAAGAUGUCACAGUCGGUGUUGGCCACGGGGGAGGACUGUGUGACGCCCUUUUUGAGCUGGCGCCUCUAUGUUGCGCAGCAACGUUUGCUGCGGGCCAGGGAGAAGUGCAGCGAGGUGGAUCGUCAGGCCUCCGUGUUAGCAAAUCGGAUCACAGAGGUGGAAAUGGAGAAUCAGGAGCAGCAACGUAUCUUGGAAGAGUCCCUGGCUGCAGGGGCCGAGCUUAAGGAGAAGUGCAUGGUGGAGCAGCAGGAGCUAUCCAGACUGAAACAAAUUUGGUCCGAUACGCAGCCCGAACUGCUCUUGCAGGUCUUAGCCCAAAGUUUGGAGCUCUUCUUUUCUUUGGUGGUGCACCAAGCGAACCUCCAUCAUUUGGAGGUGAAGCAUCGGCUUGCCAAAAAGGACGUCCGGCCGCUGUUGGAAGAUCCCGGGAGCGUGGAUGAACCGACUGAGGCGAUCCUGUUAAGGUGGAUGAACCGGACUCUGGCGAAGGCCCGGAAGCACUGCGAAGAACUGCUGGAUGACCCGGCCAAGGUUGAGAGCCAAGACGCGCUCAUUCUCAUUGCUCAGCAAGAGGACCUCUCGAAUUUGGAUGACGACCUCUCUGAUUGUGUUGCACUCACAGCGUUGUACGCCAUGAUCAAGGCAGAGCGAGAAGAGAAGUCCUUCUCGCAGAAGGACUUGGUGGCCUUGGGCGAGGUUGAUCGGGAAUUACGCAGUGUGCAGCUCUGCUACUGCUUCUUGGAGAUUUCCCCCACUGAGAGGGCGAAAUGCUUGCUGGUCCCGCAUGAAGUUGCAGCUGGCGACACUGAGAAGCUUUUGACCUUCUUAGCAGCGGUCUUUGCUUUUCAUCCAAUGCUGCAGGACCUCCCCUUCAACAUGAACAAUAUGCAGGCCAUGGCGUUGCAGAAUGUCUUGUACGACGUACUCGACAAGAUGGAGGAUAUGGCCGAUAGCGCAAACCAAGAGGCUUUGGAGGAUCCAACACCUUUGCUCCAUGGGGGGGAGGAACUGCAGGCCCUGGCCACGAUCUCAGUGGAGCAGAUCCUGCUUCGUUGGAUCAAUGCGCAGCUGGCGCUUGACAGUGCACAGCCCAGGCCGGUGGAGAACUUUGGGUCGGACUUGCAGGAUGGUCUCGCGCUAGCCAAGCUGCUGCGGGUCAUCGCACCGGAGGCUUGCCCAAGCGAGUUUUCAGAGAACAGGGAGGAGCGACUAGAUCAGAUCAUUGCAGCUGCAGCACGGUGCAGUGACUACGAGCUGCUGACAGUCAAUGCAGUGGUUGAGGGCCAAUCUGACAUGUUGGCCUGCUUCUUGGCACAGCUGAUGCUGGUUAGACCAAAUCUGGCUGCUCGUGCAGAGUCCCUUCUUUCGAUGCACUUGCAGUUGCUGGAGCAGGUUUGUAGCAAUGGCUUGACAAGCCUGACCUACCCAAAUCCAACGGAGACCAUGAAGAUUUGCCAAGAACUGGAAGGUUGUUGGACUGAGUUCCGUUUGGCUGUGCAAGCAGUGCAGGAGGCCUCUCGGAGUGUGUCAGGAAUCAAGGAGCGAGUGCAUACCUUUUUGGGCGAGACGCUCUCACAUCGAGCACGAGGUCAACCGAAAACCAUGUUGGAUGCCAAAGAGCUCCGGGAGUUUCUCUUCUACACCUCAGUCAGCAUUGAGCGGCUCACGGCCAACAACAAAGAGGUGAAUGUUGAUCAAGCCGGGAUUGGCAAAGUGGAGGAUAUCCUGAAACGCCAUUUUCGGCUUCUUCGGGCCAUUUUUAAGCACUACAGCACAGCAAAGCCUUCUGGCGCGCAUGGUGUGGACCUCAAGGGCUUGCUGAAGCUCUUCCAGGAGUGUAAAUUGCGCUCGAAGGAAUUCGCUCCUUUCCACUUGGAAACCAUCUUCAAUCAUCACUUGGAGGACAAGACAAGGACAGGUGAUGACAAAUUGCUAGCACCUCAUGAAUUUAUUGAAGUGCUAAUCCUUUGUGCCUUUACCAAGUUUCGUGCUGCUGGCAAUUCCCUCGCUGAACAAGUACGGCUUUUGAUCGAUGACCAUUUGAAACCAAAUGCAUGCAAUGACUCCGAGAGCAUGUUCCAGCAGAUGGCUUACAGUAGCCAAGUUCGUCAGGUGCUUGAUCAGCACUCCAAGGAGCUCUUCUACAUUUUCCAGCUCUAUGCAUGUUUGGACAUGUCAACCACUGAAGCCAUGCAGAAAGAAAACACCAUGAACAUCACGGAGUUUCAAAUGAUGCUUGAUGAUUGUGGCUUUUUGGAUCUCACCUUGACUGAACAAGCGGUUCAGCAGAUCUUCCAAGGGAUUCAGCAGAAUGCCACGGCUGAUGAUGAGGAGGAGAACGAAGGCGUGGACGAUGAUGAGGAAAUGUCUCUCUCUGAAUUCUUGGAUGGCCUGGUGGCGGUGGCUGCAUACAAGUUCCCAGAUCCCUUCACCCCGCUCAGCACUCGCAUCAAUACCUUCAUGUUGCAACUCUUUGCUGCGCUGCGGAAGCAUUGGAGCCGCAAGCGUGGAGCUCCCAGGGUGGACAUGAUGCUGAAUGCCUUGCAGAAGAAGAUGCGCUAAUCACAAGCAGGGCACACUGCGUCAUUCAAUCUAAUAGCAAGGACGGCGAGAAACAGCCGUCGUUGGUGUUACGAACCAGAUGCCUGCGUCUCUGAAAUAUAGGAGACAGACUCGCAGAAGACCUGCGGAGAGUUCUCAAGCAGCUGUUGAGCAAAUCGCCAGCUUCGGAGUAACACAUGAUUAUGUCGAUGAGACAGCGUAACUAGUGAGCUUGUUUGCGGCAUGGAAUCCAUUGGUUGUCGAGCAGUGCGGGUGCCCAAUUCUACUUUGUACUACUCACGUUUGGGGCAGCUUAUCAUAACCUUCGAGUUGGGGUCAACAAACGUAUCCAUUCCAAAAUCUAAAUGCUCCACAUUAAGCUGAGAAAUCAUUUGUUGAUGUUUUCCAGUCUUGAAUUACGCACCCCCAAUAGGUGGGUCUCUAUUGUGAGAGAGAAGAAAAGGAUUCUGAAGCUAUCAGCACCUUCUUUCGAUUCGCCACGGACGCCUUCAGCUCGAGCCGGCUUCGGGGCGCAAUGGCGCACAAAUCAAACCCGUACAAAAAGGCGCGAUCGAAGUUUCGCUGGAAGUGGAAGAAGAAGCGCACUCGCCGACUGCAAAAGAAACGUCGCAAGAUGCGUCAGCGCUCAAAGUGAGGUCACCGAUGCUCAAUGAACCAGCUGUCCAGCACGGCAUCAACCGCGCACAAUGAGAGACUAGCUAGCCGCCACACCGCAAACCAGACUGACCGCCUUAGCGCUGGAUCCCAAAAGGGCGUGAUGCGAG